AUGUCUGACUUCGGGGGAAACUUUUACAUAACAUUCCUGUUGUCGGGAAUCGUUGAACUCCCGUCUCAACUAUUGUCGCCACUAAUGCUCCGAUAUAUGGGUCGCCGAAAACUCUACGCUCUCUUUACGUUCAUAACUGGUGUUUCGUGUUUCGCAAUAAUUCCCGUCCAAAGGGAAUGGAUUAAAGUUACGUUAGCUUUGAUUGGGAAGUUUUCUGUGAGCACUUCCUUUAAUGUAUACUCAAUACACGGACCCGAACUCUUGCCCACAGUCUUGAGACAGAGAGGGAUGGGUUUCGCUUCUUUUGUCGGAAGGGCUGCCAAUUAUGGCCUAACAUUGGUGAUGAUACUGUACGGCUGUCUCAUGUGUGUGGGCUCUGUGUUGGGACUAUUACUUCCCGAAACCAAAGGCCGAGAAAUUCCCGACACUAUUGAAGAAGCAGAACGACCUUGCUAUUCUGUCAAAAUGAAAACUAUUACAAAUUAAACAACAAAAUUAUAAUAUG